AUGGGUUGGGGUCUGGGGCAGUUACCUACGGCUACCCCACCCAGAACUGUAGCAUGUGAAGGCAGUUUGGAUCUACCAUGUUGGACAUCGAUACCUCGAGGUGGCAGUGAAGCCCCGGCCGAGCAGGAGGAAGAAGAAGAUGACGAGGAAAACGAGGACGAUAAGGAUAAUGAAGAAGAAGAUACCCCUUCAGAUGAUUCUUCCAAGAAGGAUAUUACCUCCAUGGAUCCUCUUGUAGUACUCGUCAAGACGAAUCUAGGAAGCAGCGUCGUGGACAUGUCCUUUGAACUCAAUGCAGUUCGUACGCGAAAUGUGGAAUCUCUCAAGAAGAAUCUAGCACGAAGACUACCCGGCAAACCGCCCUUGGAAAUGAUUCGACUCAUCCAACAUGGACAAGUUCUGCAGGAUGAAGUGCUCGUGGAUGAACUUAUGGAAGACGAAGAUGAAGACGACGAUGACGAUUUGGAUGAGGAUGAGGAUGGUGAGUCCGAAAAGAAACCUUCCUUGACACUCGUGUUGGAUAUGGUUCCACCGGUCGAUCCACGGCAUGCAAGUGAGCUAGAGGAAAAGCUCCCAGAAACCACAACAGCUGACUUGUUGGAAGCAUAUACCUUGACCGAAGCUGCCUUAUGGCUCGGUUCUCAGUUUGUAACGGAUGAACAGCAACAACCAACAGAAGAAGACGAUGAAGAAGAAGUGUCUACAGCAUCCACACCAUCACCCUUGAUCAGCUUCCAACUUCGACAAUACGCCACUGGUUUGCAGGCACAACUUGAAGAACACUUGUUUACCGACAAGGCCACCUCGUUGUUGGAAGACGACGUUCCACCUGCAAUGGCAGAAGCAGAAUUGGCCAAACAACCACAAGUCAAAGGACAGAGAGUGAGACCUGGCAGUGCCGGUGGUGGUGUCACGUCGUCGUCUUCUGUCGUGGGGCUCAAACAAACCGCUCAACAAUAUUUGAACAUUCAUUGGGGAGAUACGUUUCGCAACUUUUGCUUGUUCCUGUUUUUCGGGUGGUUCGGAGGACGAACCGUCACAUCUCGGGCAGUAUUACUGCUAGGGGCUCCUCUUUGCUUCAUUGUACAAGCAAGACCGGUCAAGUUGUGGUACAAGAUCCUACUGUACACGUUUUUGCGCAAUCCACCCAGCAUCCUCCUGAGUUUGCUGCCUGCACCACAACAAGCAAUGCUAUCCUUGUCAGACGAAGAUGCCUUGAAAAUGAUUUACGGGGAGGAAGAUGCUCCGCUGAUGAUGCAACAAGAAGAGGGUCAAGACGAAGACUACGACUUGGACGUGAUGGAAGAUGCAGACCAAGAGGAGGAAGAGGAUGAAAGUGAUGAAGAUGAGCAAGACGAAUACGAUGAAUCCGAUGAGGAGGAAGAUGACUAG